GAAAAGAGAACGCAAUAAAGUCACCUUGAGUCGCCGUUCACUUAUGUCGUAGCGUCUGAGUUGGUUUAAUUUUACCGUUUUUUGGUUUCCCUAAUCUUAGUAAAGAAAAUAUGUAAUCGUGUAAUAAUAUUUUUACUUUUGUUGUUACUUUUGUAUAUUUCCACAACUAUGUAUUUCCACUUUUUACAAACUGUUCAAGAAAUUUUACUCGUUCAUCAAUCAUGAAAAUAAAACGUUUUAUUUUCUGAGAUCAUUUCGAUGGGGUGUGCCUGCUACGUGACGUGGCGUAAUAUUUGAUCGUAAAACGUAUUGAAUUUGAAAUUUUAGGCCAUCGUAGAAGUAUUUCAUACGGUUUUUUUUUAUAUUCCUCAGUUCCUCACGCAUAUUUGCGAUAGGUUUAGGUUUAAUUCACUAAACCUCUAAGCGACGAAACUUCUACUAUUGUUACCAUAAACAGCGCCAUUUGUUAUCCUGAGUAUAUAUUUGCAGAAAAAAUUUAAAAUGCCACGAAUCGAUCCGUUGCAGUUAUUAAAUUGCCUGAAUGUCCUAUUAACUCCUACUGGAGGAAUCAAGAGUGAACAAGAAGUCAGUCGAAUAUCAUCGUUGAUGGAAAAAUUUUCCAAGAAAUUAGUCAGCAAAUGUGUUUACCUGUUGAUUUUAAAAGCUUCUGAUGUUCAGUUAUUAUCCAUGUUUAUGGGAGCUAAUGGAUGGAAUCUCAUAUACAAUUGGCUGGUACAAGCAAUCGAGGCGAAAAAUUAUCCAUUUUUGGUUGAAUUAUUAGAAGUAAUCAUAAUGUGUCCUGUCGAUAUCGAAAGACUGAAAUCAAACCCAAUGCCCAGACAGAUUAAAUAUUUGUCGAAGGAUAAUUCGAUCGAGCCGAAAGUGAAAGAGCUAGCUUCGGAUAUCGUAAAACAUUGGUUAGCUAUCGUGAAAGGUGCCCCGGCGGUUAAUCAGCAACAGACCAGCAACGUAUCCGAGCCAGAUAGCGCGACGAAUGCCGAGCAACCUGUCACCGCUGCGGUUCAGCCACCUGAGGUGGUCGAUGUAGACGAAUCCGAUGCUCAUGAUAGUCGAGUUUCUUCGAAUGACUCCCAGGAGGAGGAGGAAGAACACGGUGAUACGAAUUACGUUAAGAGUACUAGUCCAAGUAGCGAUUCUGUAGACGAUAGCGACGACCAAGAUGAUUUCGUACCGUAUAAAAAGCAAUCUCCGGCCAUGUCGGCCAAAAAGAAAGCAGCGAAAACUGCCAAACUGGCGGUCAAAAAAGAGAAACAGUCUCGUAAAUCGAACACGACGGUCGGCGUCGAAAAACCCACGACUAAGCUGAAGAGCAAAUUGGUAAACGAUGCUCCGUCUAAAGAUCAGAAAAAAGCCCCUAUUAAGUUGAAAAUCGAGAAGAAACGAGACGAAGAGCUGUCUAAUAAAAAACCUCGUAAAAUCUCCGAUUCCGGUGCCUCUGCGAUUGAGAAAGCGAUCGAUGAGAAAAUCAAGGAGAAACGUAGACUGCGUGAGGAAAAAGAACGCGAGAAAUUCUCUAGAUUGAAACACGAACGUGAAAAGAAAGAAUUAAAGUUGUCGUCGAGUAAAGAGAAACGCGAUAAAUUAGAUAAGCUGAAUAAAGAAAAACUAGACGAAAAAGCGAAAGGCGAUUUAUCCAAGCUAAUUCCUAAACCGCUCGAUAAACUAGGCCGUAUACCGAAAUUAUCUUCUAAAGAGAACCACGAAUCGACAUCAGCGUCGUCUAAAACCAACGACGCUCAUUCCGAUGAUGCCAAACGCAAAGAACACGAAGCCAAAAAUGAUAAAUCAUCGACUGCUGCCAAGUCUACUGACGAUAAGAAAGGUCCUAAAAAAGAGAAGGACGAAGCUAUGAAGCAAACUAUUCAACGACUGAAAGAAGAACGCGAAAGGGAAGCAGCCAAAAAAGAGGCUAAAAAAGCUACGUUACCCGUACCGCCGAAGAAACCGGUUUCCAUGUCUGUCGAGAAGAGAUUCGCUGCCGGUGAAUCGAAGCCCAAAACCGUCAAAGCGUACAACUCUAAGUUCAGAUUAACCGGUUUAGAACAAGAAAUGCCCAAGCCACCGUCGCGGAAACAAUCCACUAGUACUUCGAGCAGUUUAUCAAGUUCUACGGCAGCUUUGAUAACGACAGCUGCAAUUUCGACUCCGGUUAUUGAUACAAUAGCGCCAGCAGCCACGAGUCCGACCAGUAACGAGAAAAAUCCAGUGAAAAGAUCGCCCACCAAAGAUAUCGAUAUCGAGCCAGUCGAGAAGAAGAUGAAAUCGCCUGAUAUCACGCUGGAGGACAAAUCACCGAUACAAAAUAAAAACAAAAAACCGUUCCUACAAGAAAGCGAUGAUUUUAUGAAUGCUAUGAAUGCUGCAGUUGAAACUCAGAAGGAAUUGCUGCGUAAGCGAAAGAAACCUGCUACGAAAAAUGAUGACGGUUCGUCUCCGUCACCUAAAACACCAGAAGGCAAAGAUAUGAAGCCUGCGUUCAAGUUUUAUAAAGAUACUUUGGAAUCUUCAGUCGACGAAAGUUUAAAUGAAUCAGUGACAGAAAGUUUACCAGAUACUAAAUUAUCACCAGACGAAAAAGAAAUCAGUUUAGACGAAGAGGUCAAACCACCUGUAAUAAAAAGCGCAGAAGGCUUGAAAAGCGCCCUAUCCUUGUUUCGUAAACGAAAUCAGCCUAAGAAAUCGGUCAAAUGGAGAGCGGACGAUGAAUUAGAAGCCGUACAAUUCUUCGAAGUUGAUGUAUCCGAAAGAGCCAAUGUCGUCAAAGAUUUCUGGGCCAUGCAGUUGAAAGAACGUUCUGCUGAACGAGAAAGUAUGCUUAUGGUCCGAAAAGCUGGAGAAAAUGAUAAAAUGACUGAGAAAAUCGCGUGGAAAAAACUAGUUCCUAUUGAUCUCCCUCCUCCGUCCACGGUUAAGGGAGCUAAUAGUCAAGAGAAAAAUAUUCAAUACGCUCGAGAACGUGCUGUCACUCCUGCUUUAUACUAUAGUAAAUCGAUGAUACCCGAUACUCCUGCUGAACCAGAUCUGGAAAUACAUUCGGUAACCCAACCACCCUCGAUACCAUUAGAUGACAUAAGCGGUACGUUAGAUUCGGUCAAUGAUUUCUCAACGUUUAAAUGGCCAGAGCCGAAACAAUUUCCUCCCGAUGGGUCGGAAUUCAUGCCUCCUAAUUUCAUACCCGGAGCUGUACCACCGCCUAUGUUCGCAUUUCCCGAUGGCACUUUCGCGCCUCCAUUUACGCAACCAUUUUUCCCUGGUGCACCUGUUCCUCCAGCUGGUACUUGGCCGACUGGAACCACUGAUCAGUCACAACAAUCAGCACAAAGUGGUCAACCGAUGCAAUGGAUGAGGCCUCCGUUCGAAGGCGUCCCUCCUCCCAACAUGGUACCUCCAGUUGGCCCUGGUAUGAUGGCUCCUCCACCUUUCGGAAUGAUGGCUCCAGUGUUCCCGUUCCCCGGUGCUCCUAACAUGUUCCCACCUCCCGGCAUGACUCCGCCGAUUACCAAUAAUAAUACCAAUAGCAAUACUACGGAUACCAACGCGCAGUUUUCACCGACUAAUAAUUAUUCCAAUAAUUCCGAUAGUAGUAGUACCAAAAAAUGGAAUAACGAUGAUCGUUACAAUCGGAAAGAUUGGAAAAAUAAUUACUCCGGUGAUCGUAGCAAUCGCGAUAAACGUGGAUCCGGUACUUGGAGAGCAAGUGGUGGUAACUCGAGGCUUUGCAAAUAUUAUCAGAAAAAGGGAUAUUGUAAUUCAAGCGGGUGCAGAUUUUAUCAUCCAGAGAAGUAGAUCAUCGUCUUGUGUAUUCUUUUUUUGUUGGUUUUUUUUUUAUAAAAUCGUAUUACCAAUUUACGAAGUUACGUUUGACCUGUUAAUCUUUCUUUAUUAAUUUUCUCUCGCAAUUUUUUAUCUUUUUUAUGUGUAUUCAUGUAGGUACCUUAUAUUGUUGAUGUCGAUAUUAUGUUCUCGUAUUUUAAAUUUGUGUUUUUAAAAUGUUUAUCGAUAAAUUGUUUGGUUGGAAUAGAAUGGUUUAAAUGAAAAGGGUUAACGUUAGCUAUAAAAAAUAAUUUCGAAGGUGUACAAUAUGUAAUAUUAUGAUUUCUUUCUUUUUUUUUUUUUUAGAUAUUUAUGACAUUGUGUUGAAUUUUUAUUUAUUGAUUUUUACGAAGAUUCCGAACAUUUAUUUGAUUUUUUUUUUUCUAUAUGCGCUAUAAUGAUGAGAUUUGUUUGUACAUAAUUAUGCUGUGGUCUCCCCAAGUGUGUUGAAACUUGAAAGGAAAUAGAACCCUGUGCAGUUUUUUUUUUCAUUGUACAUUUUUCACUUUUUUGUACAAAGUAGUUGAAUAAAAACAUUUUCCGAUUA